AUGCCAAGUAGAUCAGCCGCCGGUGUCCGAACGGGUGUGAGAGUCGUCGUCGCUGGUGACCGCGGCACGGGUAAAUCCAGCCUCAUAGUCGCUGCAGCUUCCGACUCUUUCCCUGAGUACGUCUCGGCAGUUCUCCCCCCAACUCGCCUCCCCUCUGACUUCUACCCCGAUGGCGUCCCCAUCACCAUUGUUGACACCUCCUCAAGCAUGGAGAGCAGAGUAAAACUUAUUGAUGAGUUGAAGCGAGCUGAUGCUGUGGUAUUAACAUAUGCUUGUGAUCAACCCAUGACACUCAGUCGUCUGACUACUUUUUGGCUUCCUGAGCUUCAUAAAUUAGAGGUUAAGGCACCAGUGAUUGUUGUUGGGUGCAAACUAGAUUUACGAGAUGAGCGUCAGCCCAUGAACUUGGAACAAGUUAUGGCACCAAUCAUGCAAAAGUUCAGGGAGAUUGAGACCUGUAUAGAAUGUUCCUCUGCUACGCUAAUUCAGGUCCCUGAUGUGUUCUAUUAUGCUCAAAAGGCAGUUCUUCACCCGACAGCUCCACUAUUUGAUCAUGAGAAACAAUGUCUGAAACCACGAUGUAUCAGAGCAUUGAAACGGAUAUUUAUGCUUUGUGAUCAUGACAUGGAUGGAGCCCUUAGUGAUGCAGAGUUGAAUGAAUUUCAGGUUAAAUGUUUUAAUGCACCAUUACAACCUGCUGAGAUAGUGGUUGUAAAGAGUGUGGUGCAAGAGAGGAUAAGAGGAGGAGUCAAUGACCUUGGUCUUACUCUUGAAGGUUUCCUAUUUCUUCAUGCUCUUUUUAUAGAAAAAGGGCGUGUUGAGACAGCUUGGGCUGUCUUGAGAAAGUUUGGAUAUGAUGAUGAUUUAAAGCUUAGGGAUGAUAUUCUUCCAGUUCCAACCAAGCAUGCCCCUGAUCAGAGUGUGGAGCUGACAAAUGAAGCUCUAGACUUUUUGCGUGGGAUCUUCCAAUUGUAUGACAGUGACAAUGAUGGAUCCUUGCAACCUUCUGAGCUUGAUGAUAUCUUUGUAACCGCUCCAGAAAGUCCCUGGACUGUGGGCCCUUAUGUAGAUGCUGCAGAGAGAACAUAUCAAGGAAAUUUGACUCUUAAUGGGUUUUUAUCUGAGUGGGCCAUGAUGACGAGUCUGGAUCCAGCAUGUAGUUUGGCUAAUUUGAUUUGCAUUGGAUAUGGUGGAGAUCCAACUUCAGCCCUUCGUGUUACUAGGAGAAGAUCUGCAGAUCGCAAGAAGCAACGGACAGAAAGAAACGUUUUUCACUGCUUUGUUUUUGGUCCUAAAAGAUCUGGGAAGUCUGCUUUGAUGAAUUCAUUUUUAGGAAGGCCUUUCUCAAGCAACUAUACUCCAACAAAUGCUGUACAUUAUGCAACGAACAUGGUUGAACAGAUUGGGGGUACUCAGAAAACCCUUAUUUUGCAAGAGAUACCAGAAGAUGGAGUUAAGAAAUUCCUGUUCAAUAAGGAAUGUUUGGCAGCCUGUGAUGUAUCUGUAUUUUUGUAUGACAGUUCAGAUGAAUAUUCAUGGAAAAGAUCAAGAGAAUUGCUUCUGGAAGUUGCUAGGCAGGGAGAGGAAUGUGGUUAUGGGGUGCCUUGCCUCCUCAUUGCAGCAAAGGAUGACUUAGAUCCAUAUCCAAUGGCACUGCAAAACUCUGCAAGAGUUACUCAGCAGUUGGGAAUGGAAGCUCCAUUUCAUGUAAGCGUGAAAUUAAGAGAUUCCAAAAAUGUAUUUUCUAAAAUCAUAAGUGCAGCAGAACACCCUCAUAUGAGCAUUCCUGAAACUGAGAAAGGGAAGAAAAGGAGGCAAUAUCGCCGGCUCGUUAAUAGCUCACUUAUAUUUGUUUCACUUGGAGCUGCUGUUGCUGUUGUUGGACUGGCAGCUUAUCGUGCUUAUGCUGCAAGGAAGAAUACUUGAAAGAUGGUCCAUUUGUUCAUCAGCUGCCAUUGCUUUUUUGCUGCAUUUGCAACUCAAAUAAAUCGUAAGUACAUGUAUCCUUGAUUGGAUUUUCAAACUGAAGCCUGUAUAUAAUUUGUUGGAAUUAUUUCAGCAAGGCUGGAGUUUUGUAUCAAUUUCCAUGGUGGCAUUUCAUGCCAAUUAUCAGUUAUGGUAGGAACUGUUAUCCUUGAAAGUGUGAUUGUUUAUAUUGACUUGUGGUUGAGGCAUAGCCUAAUGGCAGCAACACCUCGCUCGGAAUUAUGAUUACUAGCUCAAAUUCUCCCCCUCCAAAACUUUUAAUUGGCUUGUAUUGUUUAACGAGGAUGAGUACAAGGCAGUUUUUUUAAGGCAUCUAGUGUUUGGAAGGAGCAAUGUUUGCAUCUUUGCCUUUAGAUACCUGUUUCCUUAGAUGAAUGGUGAUCUGCCGGUUGCGGUUUUUUACCUAGUUAUGGUUACUCCAAAACAGCAUUUUGGGUAGGAAUGAACUGAAAAAGGUAGGAAUCGAAUUGAAAUAAUCGGAUACUUUUUUUUUUCAGUCAGUUAUCCUCAACCUUAUUCAUGGUAGUAUACAUUAGUAAUGACUGAUCAUCCUGACGAAAGACAGGUGUUGGGCUGUUUGGCAAAGAAUGCUGGUGAGGAAAAGACUUCUUCUUGCUGUCUUCAACUUCUUGUCUAGUGUUAAAAAGGUUUAAGAAGACGCAUAAGACAUAUAAGGUGGAAGUCUUAACCCCACCGUCCUCGUACUUUAUCCUGUGGACCAAACAAGAAAAAAAAAUCUUCCCGUUCAUUGUUCAUUUCAGCCCAAGAAAGGCACUUUGCCAAACGAAAAGUUAUGCUAUUAAUUUAGUCGAGUUCUCUUUAUUUUUGCACAUAUAUCUUGGAAGUAUGAACAUUAAUUUUUGUGACCAAAGAUUGCUAAGUGGAUUUUGGAAUACCAAAUGUGGCGUAGGCAUGUACACGGUUAAAGGUCUUUGUUUUGGGAUUAUAGCGUUAUUAAAAAGUAAAUAAUAAAUAAAGGAAAAAGUUUCAUUGGUUUAAUGUAUGUUAUUUUUAAUUAAAAAAAAAACAAAUAGUAAAAAAUAUCAAUAAAGGGUAGUCUUAAUUCAAUCGUGAUGAAUGAAUUCGGUCAUGUUUUGGUUAGUGAAAACUCGAGUCUGGAUUAAAACCGAAUUGAUUAUUUAAAAAAUAGUAACAAAUGGAAAAGAAAAGGUAACUAGUUUGCAAAGAGAUUAACUUUUUCUUUUGAAGUAAAAUCGAAAUAGACUCGGCAAUCUU